GAGUCCUACUCUCCAACUUCUAGUCUCUUCACACCACAGAGAGAAUAAAACGUUGUCGUUUUCAGGCGCAGAGAGAGAGAGGAGGAGAACCAUGGAUUCCUUCGACGGCUACGGCGACGAGCUCAACUCUUCCGGCCGCCAUUUCGACGACAACGACGUCGUCGUCGUUGAGAAUUUCUCCGCCUACGAUUCCUUCUCCUCCUCCACCUUCCCCGCCGAUCAACACCAAUCCGAUGAGUAUGUCUCCGUAGACCACUCCACCGCCGCCCCUUCGCCCUUCGGAUUUGAAGAUCCGAACCCUAACUAUUCCGAUUCUUCUCCGUUUGGUUCUGUUCACGUCGAGAAUGGGAACGGGAACGGGAAUGGAAGUCCGUUCGAGUCUUAUGGCUUAGGUGACGAUGGAAUUGGCGAUGGAGUUUUCUCUUCCGAUGGUCCUGUGCUUCCGCCUCCCGGCGAGAUGGAGCCUGAGGAAGGUUACGCUCUUCGUGAAUGGAGGCGUCAAAAUGCCAUUCUGCUUGAUGAGAAGGAGAAGAAGGAAAAGGAAAUGAGAAACAAAAUUCUUGAAGAAGCCGAGGAAUACAUAAUAGCUUUCUAUGGGAAAAGGAAGCUUAAUGUCGAGACUAACAAAACUAGCAACAGAGAAAAAGAGAAGCUAUACUUGGCUAACCAAGAGAAUUUCCACAAAAAUGCGGACAAGCAAUAUUGGAAAGCAAUAGCAGAGCUUAUUCCUCACGAGGUUCCGAAUAUCGAGAAGAAGAGAGGCAAGAAAGAUCAAGACAAGAGGCCAUCAAUCACAGUUGUCCAGGGUCCAAAGCCUGGGAAACCCACUGAUCUUUCACGAAUGAGGCAAAUACUUGUGAAGCUGAAGCACACACCCCCACCUCACAUGAUUCCGCCCCCACCUGCUCCCGCUAAAGACGCCAAAGAUGGCAAGGACGCUAAGGACACAAAAGACGCCAAAGAUGGAAAAACUGGUAAAACUGUGCCAGCUGCAAAAGAUGCCACCGCCUCUAAAGAAGAAGCACCACCUACUCCAACCAUUGAUCAGCCUGCUAUAUAAGAACGCCACCAUAGUUUAUUGAUUCAAAACAAAUCCCUCUGUCUCUCUCUCAUUGUGUGGCCAAUUACGUGUUUUGCUAUCGAUUUACUCUUAUGUAAUCUCUGGCUCCCAUUACUUUCAGGGUUUUAGUUUGAAUACCCUUUUUUUUUCUACACAUUGGUUUUGGGUAUGUUUUUAUUGAGAUGUGAAGUUAUUUUAGACGAAAUCAAUUUUUUGGACCAAUUGUGAGGUU